AUGGUAAGAAACCAGCGCAAUCACCUACUCGAUCUCCAUACUGAAAUUGCCCAGUCGCAGGUAGAUGCUACGGACUACUCUAUCCGCUUCAAGUACGGCGUACACACAAUCCUCCUCUUCGUCGAUAGCCUGCAGUCCUUCUCCGCCAUCAACAAAUCUCUGCUCGAGGUGUUGCGCGAGCGCUUCCCGGAUGGUCUCAAAAUCUCGCCGACAUUGACCGAUGUUACCCCCGUGCCAACGUCGGAUGACGUCCGAAUAGUGUACGGUCUACCGAACAAUGUCAACGACCUCGGUCAAGGAUGGAAGGUACUACGGAUUGACGACGAUGACAAGCCUGUUAGCAAAGGUUUGAAGGAUAAUAUCCCUGUAGCAUUUGCAUUCCUCGCCGACGGUGAGGAGCUUGAUGAUGCGCAAUUCCUCGUGGAUGUGCCUACCUUGGACGACGAGUACGAAGACGAGCUUGGGUCAGAUUCAUGA